AUGAUUCUUGUUAUUUAUUUUAAGAUGUUUAAUUUAUUCAGAAAAUGGACUUUAAGCUUUUAUGACCCUUCUCAUGAAUCUCAAUAUUAAGAAAAAUUUAAUGUUUAAAGGCUCUAUUUCUUCAGAUCCUCACUUGCACUUGGCUUUUUUGUGUUAUUUAUUUCUAUGCUGGUAUUCAUUAUUUAAGAUGCCUAAAUCUAUAUCGUUAUCCUUAUUGCUAUUCUCAUGAUUGCUUAGAUAAUCUUGCUCUUUUUUAGCAAAUAACUAUAACCCUAUUUGAAGAAUAUAUUAACUUUAAUGUUUGUUUCAUAUGUAGCUGGUGGAGCUUUAAUCACUUAUGUCAAAGAUAAUAUGUAAAUAAUAAUGUAAUUUAGACCCCUAUAUAAUUACGGAUAUUCAUGUUCUCUCUUAUUUUAGACGCUCAUCUAAUACUGCGAUUUUAAACAUAAACCUUUAUUCAUAUUCUCAAGUGCUUGCAUAAGUUUGGGGCUAUUUGUUGAAUUUUCGGUCGAUUAACUACCAUAUAUAGUAUUUAGCAUAUUGAUGACCUUUAUAUAAGGAAUAAUGACACAUUUAUUUGAAUAUAUACAUUAAGAUAAGAAUUCUCAUAAUAAAUUACAAUCAAAUCAAUCAUUUAUGAAUUUGUUUAAGAUCCAUUAUUUGCAUUUUGAACUUGAGUUUGUAAAUAAAGCUUAUGAAUCAUCAUUUUAAAAGGAACAUAAUGGGAACUAAUUUAAAGAGUUUUUGAGAACUUAUACGAUUGGAACAAAUAUGUGUGAUAAUUCCAAUAGCAUAGGUUAGAAUAAACAGUUUCAUAAGCAAUUAAAUUUAGAAGAAUAUUUAUAUGAUUUAAUUAAUAACGAAAAAUUAGGAUAGGAUCAAAAUAAUAUAUGCAUAUAAGCUAUUGGGGAUGAAGGGAUACUGAAUAUUGAAAUUGCAAGAGUUCAGUAUCAAAGGUCUAUUUUAAUAUUAAUUAUACGUAAAAACCAAGUCAGGCUGCAGAUAUAAAAAUAUGAAAGUAACAUAAAAGCCUUAAAGUUAAAAUUUCAAGAAGCACUUAUAUUAAUUGGAAAAGCAUUAGAAGAUAAUUAUCUAAAAUUAAAUGAACUUGAUAAGAGUUUAGACAUUGAUAAUGAAACAUUGAGAAAAUAAUAUUGCAAUAUUCAAUUUUCAUUAAAUUUCAUAAAGAAUCAUCUAAUAUAUUUGUAAAAAGGAAAGAUGUCUUUUUUAAAAUAGUAAAUUGAAUAAUUGACAAUUGAUAAAUUGAAUAGGGCGUUGUCAAAUUACUUUAUUCAUUAUUGUUAAUUGCAUUCAAAAAAGUUUGAAUUAGAUUGCCCAGGUGGUGUCGAAUAAUAAAAACUAUAUUUAAAUGCUCGAUUAUUAACUCAACUAUUAAUUAAUUGUUUUAAUAAGAUUAUAAAAAUAUCUGAAACUCAUAGUGUCAUCUAAUUGAAAAUAAAUUAAAAAGUAGAAAAAAAAUUAAAUUUUAUUCCAGACUUAAACCUUAUAUCAUUUUCUUAUAUUUUUGAGCACAAAAACCAAAUUGAUAACAUGGAGUCUUAAUUUUAUUAAUAAAUUAAUCCAAAUUCUUAGGAUUCAUUUGAAAUAGAAUGUAUUGUAAACUAAAUCAUUUUGAAUAUUCUUGGCCCAUAUAAUAUUAUCUCAACAGAAUCAUUUUUUUAAGAGAAUUAAUAAAAUUAUAAAACAACUUUGAAAUUUUUGAUCUAUACUGAUUAAACCUAAUUGGACCCAUCAUAUACAAAAUAUAUUUAAAUCUCAAAUCUAGAUAAUUGA